CCGAAAUGACCUCAGAUACCAAGAUUCCGAACAGAACUCAGGUUAUCCGGAAACCAAAUCUAAAAUCUCGUUGGGAUUUUUUUGUUCACAAUCAGAUGCGAUUAGUACAUCCUUUUCAACAACAUUAAGUAUUCCUGAAUCUUGACUUGAAUGCUGCAAAGUGUAAGUAGCAAAUCAGUAAUCUGGUCGUUACUUUUUAGCGCAGUUGAUGUCUCUUGUGUGAAAAUGGCGCCCAUUGCAUCGUUGGACAAUGCCCUUCAGAAUCUAAUGGCCAAGUGCUCGUUCACUGCCAAGAACUCUAUUCCCUCGCAAGGUUUUGGUCCUGAACUGAAAGUCAUGUUCAAAAUCCCUUGGGUGUUAGCCAAAACACCUGGCUUGGCUAAAUAUGGCAUUAGUAACUAUGAAACCUUGGUCAGAUACUUCGAUUCAAAUCGAGGCACUUACCUUCAUUUUGGAGAUUGCGUUACCACCCGUGAGAUUUACAAGAAAACGCCCAAUGACCUCAAAGUGGUGCUUGAUUUAACCAAGACCUUAUACAUCCAACCUUCGGCCACCACCGUGGAAAGUCUCCAGGAGAUAAUCAAUAACGACGAGAAGUUAAAGGCCAGACUUAGAAAUGUGACCAGUACCCUCGAGUUUCUUCGCCUCUAUUCGGACUUCUUCUUGUUUGAAGACAAUGGAUCCAUCUGGCCUUUAAUUCAAUGCCACGUGGGCCGUGGCAUUGCGGAACAAAAUGGAAGAAGAGUGGACUCACUCAUGGCUAUAGAGUUGAUCCGAACUUACAUUAGGCAAAUGGCUCCCGCUAUUAAACUGCCACAGUUACAUGCCAACCUUUGUUCCAUGGGCGUUGGUUUUGGCUUUGCCGAACUCCAAGCAUUCGUGUUCCGAUUCUAUCAUCCUUCUCAUGUGCCAAAAUAUGUUAAUCCUCGACCAAAUCCAACGAGAUUUCUCAACACCAAGCCUAAAGUCAUCAAAGUCAUCCGUGAGACUUUGAAGCUUUGGCCAGUUAAUUUGAACAAGAUUCUGAAAGAGCUGGAUCUCGAAGGAAUUCCUUUGGAUCAUUCUGCCCUGAAAUCCAUUAUUGAAGAGCAUUUUCCUGACUACAUUUUACAACGUGGGUUCGUGAAACAAGACCAUCAGCCCUACAUGACUCCUGUUCUAAGUGUCCUAACUGAACAAUGUCCCAUCUCCGUGAAUGAGCUUCGGAAGAUCAUGAUGGCUCAAGGAGUCGAGAUAAAGCAAAACAUCUUGAUUGAAGUAAUAGCUAAAAGUCUGGAUGGAUAUUUGGUUUACAACAGGCAAAUCUACUUACCGACCUGCCAGACCACUUCAGGCGAGCUCAUCACGGAUGUUGUUUUGAAUAAACUCCAUCCCAUUUUGGACGGUAAAUGUCCCAUCUUGUUGGAUGAACUGAUCUCUCCAUUAGGAGCCAGACGAAUCUUUUUAACGCGGAAGAAGCUAAAGGCCAUCAUCACCAAACAUUCAACCAGUUAUAAGUGUGCGAGAAAUUUCGUAUGGCAGGUUGAUCCCACUGAUGUUGGAGCUAAAACAUCAGAUCCUGAAUAUGAAGACGUUCAAGCAAUUGAGCGAAAAAAUGAUGAUAAUCGAUCAAUUGGUGAAUCAAUGAUCGAAUCGAUCCCCCUGCUUACGAACGAUAGUAAUUCUAUCACCAAUUCAGAGACCACACUACCUCUCAUCAAAGCGGUUUACGACAACUCUGAAGACGUUAACGAGGCUUGUGGUCUAUUCAUGAAUGUCCACGUCAGCGAAGGAGAUUUAGAAAUCGUCAAAAUGUCUCAGCCAGAUUCAAGACCCGACAACUUGGAUGUGGAAAUUGAUGUCCCAUCAAGCAAGAUUUGUACACUCAUGAUGAAUCCGGCAAAAGAAGACACGAAAUGCUCGCUUUCUUUCUCUGGAGCCCCACACUGUCCAGAUCUUCAACUUAGUGAAGCAUUAAGUUUGCCAAGCAUUCCAGAGGAAAACUUAGAUGAUCUGAUUCCAAGGCCACAUCCUAAUGAAAGAAAGGUCUACCCAGUGAAAUUCAAGGGGAACUUCCCUGAAUGGGGGCGAUUUUUGGAAGAGGUCAGUGAGAUCACGGAUGAAGGGGUCAAUCGAGCUGAUUCUUGCAGUUCUAGCACUUUAUUGCCGAGGCAAAAUAUGGAAGCGAGCAAUUCAUUGGGACGGCAAGUACAACCCGUAGUUGACAUGGAUCCUCCUCAACGAUUUAGUAGGGAUGGGAAGAAAUUUACCAGGAAAAGAGAAGAUUGUAAGCUAUCCUAAAUCCUAAUCCUGGCUUUAACCUGCUUAUCUGUUGUUAUUCCGUUAACUGUUAACGACAUGAAAAACUAAGCACUAUAUCGAGAAUGAUUGCCUCACACUCUCCGUUAUGAUAAUUAUGGUGUGAAUUAAUAUUUCGUGGCUUUCAUUUAUGAUAAUAAACAGAAUUAAAGAAUUUUAGAUCAAUCGA